CUCAGUCAACUGAAUUGAAAAGAACGAACACACACUUCACAAAUGAGUGACUCAUCCGCCAUGGCUAUCCUUCUUCCAUCAACUUCAGCUCUUCUUUCUCACAAGGCGAGCCAUGUUUGUAUUAGCCCAAGGGUUGCAAAUAUACAAGUAAGGAAAAACAUCAUCAAAAGAGUCUUUGAAAAUGGCAACACUCUCAGGCAUCGUGUGAUGACAAAAGCUCAAACGUCUUUAGAGGCAGUUACUGCUGAAUCUAUCGAUGAUCAGAAUGAUUUUGGAGUUGUAAAUCUCCACCAUGUUGGAAUAUUAUGCGAAAACCUCGAGCGAUCACUUGAUUUUUACCAGAACAUUUUGGGUUUGAAGAUAAAUGAAGCAAGACCUCAUGAUAAGCUUCCAUACAGAGGUGCAUGGCUUUGGGUUGGUUCUGAGAUGAUUCAUUUGAUGGAACUUCCAAAUCCCGACCCUUACACAGGUCGCCCUGAGCAUGGGGGACGAGAUCGUCACACUUGCAUUGCCAUUCGCGAUGUCUUAAAACUAAAAGCUAUUCUUGAUAAAGCUGGUAUUCCCUAUACUCUUAGCCGAUCUGGAAGACCAGCAAUCUUUACAAGAGACCCGGAUACCAAUGCACUGGAAUUCACACAAAUUGAUUCACCCUGAACAAUUUUAUCAUAUAUGUAGAUAUGAAGUACAAACGUUUAUACUCUCUCCAAAAGAUUGAUGUGAAUAUUAGGUUAAUUAAAUCUCCAUAAAAG